AUCUGUGGGGUGUAAGUAAGAAACUAGUUGGUGUAACUAGCAUAAAUCUAAAACAAAAAUGUAAACUUGAGCCGUCUGAAUCAACGACUGCGCCUCUCCUCUUCAGCCGUAGAACUGAGCGAUCAAUAAACCCUGAAACCAUGUCCGACGACAAACCCGCCACAGACCAAUACGGCGUCCUCCUCUAUUACAACUACGUCGAUAUUCCAAACCUCGACGACCUCCUCACAUUCUACCGCUCCAAUUGCUCCUCUCUCUCCCUCCUCGGCCGUGUUCGUCUCUCUUCCCACGGCGUCAAUGUCACCGUUGGUGGCAAUUUAUCCUCUUUGGAACGACACAUUGAAGACCUCAAAGCUAAUAGUACUUUAUUUCAUGGAACUGAUUUCAAACUUGCAACUUGUCAUCAACCGUUAAACGACGACGUUGCUAAGGAGUGUGGAUUCACUUCACUCUCGAUUCGAAUUGUCAAGGAACUUGUUACUUUGAGUUCUCAUCCAUUAUUGAAGUCACCAGAAAUUUCCAAUGCUGGAAGACAUUUAUCAGCACUUGAGUUUCAUUCAACCCUUCACAAUGCUAAUAAGGAGAGUCCAGAAAACAGUCUUGUUUUACUUGAUGCAAGGAAUCUAUAUGAAACAAGGAUUGGGAAGUUUCAUGCACCAAAUGUUGAAACUUUGGAUCCACAGGUUAGGCAGUACAGCGAUUUCUCCUCGUGGAUAGAUGAUAGAGGCGAGCAGUUGAAAGGCAAAAAUAUCCUCAUGUAUUGUACUGGUGGAAUCAGGUGCGAAAUGGCAUCAGCAUAUAUUAGGUCAAAAGGUGCUGGGUUUGAGAAUGUGUUUCAGUUAUUUGGUGGUAUACAACGGUAUUUGGAGCAAUUCCCAGAUGGUGGUUAUUUCAAAGGAAAGAAUUUUGUUUUUGAUCACAGGAUAUCAGUUGGAGGUUCAGAUGCUAGUACAAUUGGUACCUGUCUUAUGUGUCAAUGUUCCUUUGACGAUUACUCUUCACGCUGUCGAUGUACUUAUUGCAGAAUGCUUGUCUUGGUUUGCCAUAGUUGCCAGAAUGAAUCUGCACAGUACGUUUGUGAGCUAUGCCAAAAACAGGGUAAGGCUGUUGGGUCAAAGCAGUUAAUUGAAAAUGAUGAUUCAGAAAAAUCUCUGCCAGAUGUUGAGUUCCAGAAUUUAUCUUCAGAUACUAUGCUCUUGUCUCAAGCGCCUAGAGGGGACGGUAAGUGUACUGAAAAUUUUCAAGUCUCCUAAAAUCUGAAAAGUUGGUAAUUGAAAACCCAUCUAUAAUUUACCAGAAGUGUGCAAUUCCUGACAUUCUGAUGAAUAAUGUUUUCAGACGUAAGCACCUCAAGAAAACUGAGAAUCUUAUGCUUGCAUGGGUUUCGGCAGAAUGCUUCCGGUUUUAAGGGAAGGACUGCAUCGUUAGCCAAAAAACUCAAGAAAAUUGCUGAAUUUGUUUUUAUAGACGCACCUCAUGAGGUGCCCUUCAUUUAUCAAACACCAGUGCCAGUGCCCCAGGUUAAUGGUGCAUUGUCCUCUUUGCCAGCUAGUCCACCUCCACCUAUGGAGAAUUGCAAGAAGAAGUUCUCAUGGUUUGUAGCACCUAAUUUUGAGGGAAGUAGUGGUGUUGAGUGGAAGGUAGCAGACGGUCCAUUUGAUCCGCUUCAAUACCAGCAACAAACUGGUGGAUGCGAUAUUUCAAUAUCACACUUAGAGAACGUGUUCUCCCAAGAAGGGCCGUUUGAUGGAAUCUUGGGUUUUUCACAGGGAGCAGCAAUGACUGCGGUAAUCUCUGCACAACAAGAAAAGCUAAAAGGUAAAAUGGACUUUAAAUUUGUAGUCUUGUGCUCAGGCUUUGCUCUGCAUUUGAAGGAGAUGGAGUGUAGCCCUAUCAAGUGUCCCUCUCUUCAUAUUUUUGGUAAUGAACAUGGUCAAGACAGACAGAUAGCCAACCAAACAAGCAAGGAACUGGCUUCUCUAUAUGACAGUGGUUGUUCUGUGAUCGUUGAACAUGACUGUGGUCAUAUAAUUCCUACUCGGUCCCCAUAUAUUGACGAGAUCAAGGCUUUCCUUGGGCGAUUUCUGUAAGAGAGGUUUAACUAAAAAACUAAUUUUUUUUAUACUAUUCAAAAUUUACACUGUUGCUUGAUAAAUAGGUUGGUCAAAAAAUUGUACAAUGCCCUAUGGUAAUGCAAUUGCCUAAUUAAGGACGUGGAUCUUGAUUAUAUUU